UCCCUUAAGUAAUAUGGUGACUGUAGACGAGACAUUCAUAAAGGGACAAGACUUUAAAAACAAGUUGGAAAGUUUAAUUGACGAGAGCGACUUGAGUGUGCUUACACCAAAAGAGAUCCGUCAUAGUCUAGAAGAGCAUUAUGAAUUAGAACCAAAUACACUGAAACAAGAUCCUUGGAAGAACAUGAUUACAAACAUGAUUGAUGAAUAUAUCCUGAAAAAACAAUCAAGUGAGACAAGUGUCAAAGAAGAAGAAUCAAAUCAUUCUACAAAACGCAAGCGUACAGAGGCCUCGCCCGCUGUUACAGAAGAGGAUGAUGAGGGAAUACUACAAAAGAAGAGAGCUAGAAAGACAAAGCAAGUUAUUUCGAGUAGUGAUGAAGAGGACGAUGACCAAGAUGAUGAUAUGGAAGAAGAGGAGGAGGAAAAGAAAGUUGUUAAAAAGAAAUCUAAAACGACAGUCGCUUCGACAAGAAAACCUGGAUCAUCAAAAGAUGAAGAGACGAUCAAGAGACUCAAGGGAUUUAUUAACAAGUGUGGUGUUCGCAAAGUGUGGUAAGGGAUUAUAUUUAAAUAAGUAUUUUUCACAUGUAACAAUCAUAAAAAAAAAUCAGGUCAAAAGAAUUGGCAGGCUGCCGUUCAGCAAGAGCAGAAAUUGAAAAAUUAAAAGCUAUCCUGCAAGAUCUCGGUGUUGAAGGUAGACCAUCUAUUGAAAAAUGUGAGGCAAUCAAGAGAGAAAGAGAGCUAAAGAAAGAGUUGGAGAGCUUGGAUACCAGUCAUAUCCUGACAGAAGAAGAAGAUAGUGGUAGAAGAUCGAGAAGAAGGGCUGCAUCACAACCAAAGAGUUACAAGUUGGAUGAGCCAUCGGAUGAAGAAGAAGAAGAAGAGGA